AUGGCAAUAGCCAUAAUUUAUAUGGCUAAAGAAUUCAAUUGGAGUCCUAAAAUACAAGGCUUCGUAUCGUCAUCAUUUUAUUUUGGAUAUUUAAUGACUCAGAUUAUAGGUGGUGCACUUACUGAUAAAUUCGGCGCUGCCGCAAUUUGGACACUGUUUACUUUACUGACACCAAUUUCUGCCGGAAUAAACUUAUACAUACUUAUACUGUGCAGGGUUUGUUUAGGAAUUGGUGAAGGUGUAUAUUUUCCAUGUAUUCAUUCUUUAAUCUCAAAAUGGUUUCCACCACAGGAACGAACUAGAGCUGUUUCUACAGUGUCUGUUGCAACUUUUAUCGGUAUGGUAAUCGCCAUGCCAAUUUCAAAUUUAUUGAGUUCUAGUCAAUUUGGUUGGAAAAGUAUUUUUUGGGUAUUCUCAAUUAUUGGUUUUAUUUGGUCCGUUUUUUGGUAUUUUUAUGGGAAAAGUGAUCCAAGAGAUUAUUCAGGAAUUAGCAAAGAUGAAUUGGAUUGGAUCUUGGGAAGCAAAUCGAUUAGUAAAUCGGCUGUUUGUUCCGAAGAUAAUUUAGCCCACUAUCAGUCAUAUCCCAGUAAACAUGUUGUAAAUAUUGACGACAAUCAUGAUAAUCCUCAAAGUGAAAAUGAUAUGUUAUUACCAAAGGGUCAAAAAUCAUUAAGGUCACAUAAAAUACAAAAAAUUCCUUGGAAAUUAUUAUUUUCUCGUCGUGAAGUGUGGGCAAUUAUGAUUGGUCACUGGUUUAAUGGUUGGGGCUUUUUUAUUCUGGUUAAUUGGUUACCAGUAUUUUAUUACGAACAUUUUCAUGUAGAUAUUAAUUUAAUUGGAUAUUACACUGCUUUACCUUACAUUUUAUUCAUCAUAACGGGAGUUAUAGUCGGUUAUAUCUGCGAUUAUGCGAUUAAUCAACUAAAAAUUCGCGUUAUAACUGUACGAAAAACAGCUUGUAUAAUUGCAGGCUCUGGAUUGUCAUUAUGUCUAUUACUUGUAACUUAUUGGGCAAAAACAUCUUAUGAAGGAUUAUUGAUAAUGACAAUAGGAUAUGCAUUAUAUUCAUUCUAUAUCUCGGGUCUGGAUAUUGCACCAAAAUAUGCGGGAGUAAUAUGUGGUAUAGGAAGUACUUGUGGAUUAAUCCCAGCUUUUUUUGGUGUAGCACUAACCGGUUGGAUAUUAGAGGUUACUAAUAAUGAUUGGAGUAUUAUUUGGA